GUGAAACAUACGAGACAAACGUAGAAAGAAACAAAAAAAAAACAAUCUAAGAAAAAUCGAAGAGAGGAACAUAUAUAAUAGAAAUAGGAUCGAAAAAUAGAAGUUAAUGCCAACAUCAAUAACAACAAAACAAUCAAUGAGAACAAAGGAUAUUCAAGACAACAACAAUGGAUAGGAAUCUAUUAGGUCCACUCAUCUUUAUGGGAAUCUUAGUUUUGGGUCUAACGAAGCCAAUGUCAACGUCAACUUCCACAGCUAACAAAUUUGAAAUCCUGCACGACAAUAAUGCAAACUCUAUUAACGACGACCACAGAGACAAAGAGCAUCGGCAACAGUAUGCUGCAAAUAUGUUGACGUAUAUGAUCCAUUCCAUAGAUCCAUGUGAUGACUUUUACGAAUAUGCCUGUGGGAAUUGGAAAAAUACUAUAGAGCCUCGUCAAGCGGAACACAAACGCAACAAUCUGCAUGAUGUCAGCUACAAGUUGGAUGAUUUGGUUGAAGUUAUGUUGGCAUGGCCUCACAUCGAUAAUAUCGCUCCAGAAUAUUCAAGGGAGUUUAAAACCGCCCAACAAUUCUACAAUAAUUGCGUACAUAGCGAGAUAUACCCCAUGAAAAAAUCCACCGAGUAUUUGAAGGUCAUUAAAAACAUUGGUGGCUUUCCAGCUGCCCAAAGUGAAUGGAAUGCCUCAGAAUUCAGUUGGCUCAAUAUGAGUUCUCAUAUGAGCAAUUACGGUUUAGGCAGUUUAAUUAAAGAGGGUAUUAUGGAUAAGUUUCCAUUCGCCCCGUUUUUUCAAAUACCCAAAUUCGGUUUUGACAUUGAACUACACUAUGAUAAUAUUAAGAAUAGUUCAUCGAAUGCCUAUAAAAUAAAUUGGCAGAUCAUGAAUGACAUAUUGGCCGUGUAUGGGGUGGAACUGGCAAAGAGACGGACAUCUAUUAUCAGUGAAAUAUUUAAAUUUCUACGGGCUGUCUUAGAUGUUGUCGAGAAAUUUGAGGAGGACGAUUACAAAUGUCGUAUCUUAUCGGACAAAUUGGACGAAGAUGUCGUCCAUGCAGCCGAUCAGCAAUGGCUGACCCACUAUGAAAUAUCCUGGAUGGGAAAAUCUGAAUUGCAAGAUGUAAUUACAGCACCAUGUCUUUAUUUAUAUCAUCAUUUGGAUAAGAUCUGUUCGGAACAUAAGGAAGCUGUGGCCAAUUAUCUGGCACUGAAAUUCCUCUAUCACAUAGAUGCCCGUUUAAAGGAUGUAAAAUUUCAGAAGGAUUAUUGCACGUCCCAUGUAAGGCAAACAAUGAGUUUUUUCUUUGAUCACUUGUAUAUGAAGACAUUCUUCAACCAUGAUCUACGAAGUGAUAUUGAGAAAAUUAUCAAAGAUGUUCGACAAAGUUUACAGAGCAUACUGGCGGAAGCCGAUUGGUUAGAUGAGGCUACAAGAGAAGCAGCUCUGCGAAAAGAAGCAGCUAUCGCAGAAUACAUUGGACGUUUUGAAGAUACAAACAUGACCAAACUUCUUCUGGCUGAAUUGAAAAAUCUUAAAUAUGAAGAAGACAAUUACGAUCUUAACAAUUUGAAUAUGCACAAAUUUGACCAAUCAAUGAAACGUUAUAAUGGAUUGCACUAUGAAGAACUCGAUAUUGAUACCAAAUGUUUGGAUAUGCUUCUGGGCAUGCAGGUGAAUUCCUUCUAUUAUGUGAUCGAUAAUGCCAUCUAUGUUAUGGCUGGUGUUCUGCAUCCACCUGCUUUCCAUAAGACAUGGCCCAUUGCCUUGAAAUAUGGCACUCUAGGAUAUCUGGUGGGCCAUGAAUUUACUCAUGGCUUCGAUACACUUGGUUCCAACUAUGAUGCUAAUGGCAACAAUAAUAAUUGGUGGACCAGCAAAUCGGGAAAGGUGUUUGAGGAACGUUCCCAAUGUUAUGUUGAAAAUUAUCAGAAUUAUUCAAUACCGGAAAUCAACCGCAAAAUCAAUGGUAAUUUAACAAAAGAUGAAAAUAUUGCCGAUGCCGGUGGCCUAAGAAUGGCUUUUAUGGCCUAUCGUCGUUACUUAAAGGAGACCAAGAAGGAAGGAGACAAAGAGGAACGAAUGCCCGGCCUAGAUUUAUCGCCGGAACAGCUGUUCUUCUUGGGAUCGGCCCAACUUUGGUGUUCGUCUUACAAAGAAGCCGUCUGUCCGUCCGUCCAUGUAUUCUUUUGAACAAAAUACAGGUCGCAUUUAUCAUUCGAUUGAGAUGAAAUUUUGCAAACAAUAUUUAUUUGGCCCAAGGUGAUAAUCGGAUCAGAUUUAUAUAUAGCUCCCAUAUAUCUUCAACCUAUUUCGGGCUAAUAUAAGAAUAACCUGUAUUUUGGUACAUCCCACCGAAUUUUUA